GAUAUCUUUUGCUAAUUUAUGUCUAUGCAUCUAUCAUUCUCCAAAGACGCAAUCGUUUUUAGUUUUAUUUUAUUUUUAAUCUUUGUGUGUGGUUUCAGUGAAAGAGCAUCUUUGAUGUUGUGACUUGAAACAAAUUCUAACAACAACGAUCAAGUAAAGUAUCAAUACUCUCUCUCGCUAUACGUAACUUUCAAAUCCACACCAUUCAUUAUUAGAUGAGUUUAGUUGAACUUCUGAACCUUUAUUAUAUAAAGACUUGAAUGAUCCAUAAAGGAGAAUAACAUUUAUAAUAAGGGGUCAACAUGAACAAUACAAUAAAAGUUCCUUAUAUACCAAAGGAGAGCCACAAAACACCAGUUUCGUGAAUUGCAAACAACCCUGGUAGUUUCAAAAGCCUGCCCUAAAAGGCAGAGGAAGUGAGAACCCACAUAUGGAAUAAAUAAAAGUUCCUUAUAUACCAACGGUUAUUUUUGUCAAGACUGGAUAAGAUUUAGAAGGCUAUAAACAUUUUUAUGUUAAUCUUAAUAAUAACUUUUUUUUGGCAAUUUGGAGACUAUCUGAUCUAUGAAUAAUAAUUCUUAAAUUUUGGAGAGUAAAUCGAAUGUUUCAUAUGGUUGUGACCAGAACCGGCCAUGUUUUUGGUAAAGCUAUCAUAGCUCUUCUAGAACCACCAUUUGCCCAUUUGGUCCAUGCACCAACAAAACCUGGAAGCUCUCAAAGCAUGUUGUAGAUUUCUUGGCGAAACUUAACUUCAUUUCUUGUCGGAUGAGAUUUAGCUCGAUCGUGCUCGUGGACUUCUUGAUGUUGUGAGAUGUCAUGAUCAAUACAGUUUCUGAAUUUACUACUUUACAUGAAACCGAUCCGGUCGGAAAUUAAAACUUGGAUCCUUAAGUAAAAUGCCAGUUGAUGCAGUCAGCGUCAUGCUGUUUUUAAACAACUUUCUUGUUCCAAGAAGUUAAAUCAACACUCUCAAGAUUCGUCUCGUGUAACAAUAUCAUAUCUAUCUAAUUAAACUAUUUAAUUAAACUAUUUGAAUGUGUUUCCUUGUUAUAAAAGCAACUUUACUCACAGAAAUAUCGUUUUUACACGAGCGAGGUCAUCUUCAAUCCGUCUUCUUCAACAAAAUAUAUAAACCUAAACUAAACAAGUCGACAAAAAAAAAGUAGAGCAAACAAAACAAACAGAAAAGUCUCUCACAAUCUUAAUUGAUAAUAUUUUCUGGACACAAACACCGAGUCAAAGAUCAGAUCAAGGAUAACGUGUCCAACAACUGGAUCAUUUUAAAAAAAGAAGUUACGGGUUGGACUUUUCUUAGGUCUUAAUCAUAGUAUGCAUAGGCAGUAAACGUUCAUGAUUUACGUUUUAAAUUUGUUCUUAUUCAUUUAGUUAACAAAAUGUUAAUGUGUUAUAUUAAUCAAACAAUGUUAAACUCAAUAUAUAUACAAACUUGUGAUAGAUAGUGUAACAUGCAAAAUGCUUACACGAAUAAUCUACAAAAAAGGUCCUAUACUCUAGACUUUGUAGCAUAACUCAGGUACCAAAACACCCUUGAACAAACACACUUUUCCUUGCAUAUAAAAGUGUUGUUUGUAUAACAAUAAUGAUGUUUUAAGAUAAAAUACCAUAUAUAUAUAACUAACUGAAAUAAAGAUAAUCUUUUUAAAAAAAUGUGUAGCUGUGGAAUUCCAACUAAGAUUUGACAUAGAAAUCAAAUGGGAGAAACAAUACUAAAGAGAAGUUUAGAUUUCUUGUAUAAAGAAAUAAAUAUAUAAAAGAAGAAAAUGGAAGGUAAACAAAUCUAAAAUCAAAUAGUAAUAAACAAGAAAACCAUAUUCUUCAUCUUUACAAGAUAUCCACAUAACAAAGAAGCAAAAAAUAGAGCAUCAAUGGAAGGUUUAAUACCAGCGGUGUAUAGGGCCGUGAAGAAGAACCUUACUCGCCGUCGCUACGAGCGUAUCUCCUCCACCACAACUCGUGAGUCUUACCAAAACGAAAUGAACGUAGACGGUCACCACCGACGUCGCUGGUCCGUUGGAGAUAUCUCGUCAUUAUCAAGCCGGGAAACAAAAAGAGACGGCGGAGCUACGGAGAAGAAGAGUUGUUCUCCGUCGCGUGAAGGUCAUCAGCUCGUAAAGUUCAAGAGCCUUCGUUUGUUUUCUUGCAUCACAGGUCAAUAAUAUACUUAACAAAUUCAAGAAAAUUAUAGGAUAUAUGAUUGUUUUUUUCGUGUUUUGGUUAACUUAUAACUAUAAAAAUUUGUGAUAUUGAUCAUGUACGUACUCGUCAUCAACUUAUCUUGGUGAUGAUCGUCUCUUUUUUUUUUUUUGGUGAUCAUGAUCUUCUUGUGAAAAUGUAUAUUUGAUGGGUCCUAAACGAGAAAAAGAAAACUUGUAUGGGUCAAAGUGUCAAAAUAUCUAUAAUCCAAAGAAGGCAAUGCGCCUUUAGUUCUCUACAAAGUGUGAGUGCGUCUGUAGAUAACUUCAUUGUCACUCUCAUCUUCUUCUUCUUCAUCAUCAGACACAAUCACACAACCACCAUUACCAAGCAUAUCUAACUUCCCAUCCAUAUCAAACACUGCAACCGUUCCUUAGAAAGAAGAGUAACAUUUAUUGUAAAGAGGUCAACAUGAACAAUGCAAUAGAGAGUUCUUGGAUAGACCAAAAAAAAAAAAGAGCUACAAAACACCAGUUGGUGUAAC